AUGUCACUUACACCGACGAAGACGGUCUACGAGGCCAUCACCUACCAUCCCAAUACGGAGAAUAGGGAAGAGACGAUCAAGAAGUUCACAGAGGCGAUCGAGAUCCAGAAGAAGGCACCUGGAUUCGUGAGCAUCGUGAUGGAGGGGAACAAGCGUGAGAAGCCGGGCGAGUCUGUGAGGCUUAUCGAAUGGGAGACCGUCGAGGCACAUAUGGAGGGCUUCCGUGGCUCUCCCGCAUUUGCCGAGUUUAAGAAGGUCCGAGAGGGCUCCACCGUCGGCGACAGCGAGAUGGCACAUUACCGCUUCUUCCGCCCCUUGCCCAAGAUCCCGCCCGUCGUCGAAUGGGUUACCAUCCAGCUGAAGCAGGACACCAAGUUCGAAGAGUACUUCCACGCGUGGGACAAGGCUCUGGACGGUGUGCGCAAGGCUAUCGGCUGCACGGGUAUCGAGGUUGGCCAACAGGUCGAGGAUCCGACCAAGGCCCUCCAGAUCCAAGGAUGGGAGACGCUCGAGAACCACACGAUCGACUUCAAGCAGAAGCAAGCUGAUGUCGCUGUCGUCAUGGAGGAACUUACGGCGGUGGUCAAUAAGUACGUCGAGGGCGGCUGGAAGGGAUGCAAGGGUGUACAUGUCCUUACUACAGCACCUGGCCAUGGUGCGUGAGAGUGGGAUGAGUGUCCCAUUUACGAUGUCUUUGUCAACUGGAUUAAAAGUAAAUGUGUAAAGGAAUUUCUGUCAUUUGUAAUAAC